GUGCGUCAUCAGUGCACGUGUGUCGUGCGCGCGCGCAGAACAGAAUCCCGGAUGUUGACAAGCAGCCGUCUUCUUCUGUUGCGAGACUGACAGACCGGACAGAAAGAGCAAAGAAAGCGUCGUGCUUCAUCUGAGCGGUUUGGAGGCGACGGAACACGUGUCUCACAGCUGCGAUGGGCCGGAUCUUCCUGGAUCACGUGGGAGGGACGCGUCUGUUCUCCUGCGCUAACUGUGACUCGAUCCUGACCAACCGCUCCGAGCUGAUCUCCACGCGCUUCAGCGGCGCCACCGGACGAGCCUUCCUCUUCAACAAGGUGGUGAACCUGCAGUACAGCGAGGUGCAGGACCGCGUGAUGCUGACCGGCAGACACAUGGUGCGAGACGUCAGCUGUAAGAGCUGCAGCAGCAAGCUGGGCUGGAUCUACGAGUUCGCCAGCGAGGACAGCCAGCGCUACAAGGAGGGCCGCGUGAUCCUGGAGCGAGCGCUGGUGCGCGAGAGAGAGGGCUUCGAGGAGCACGUCCCGUCAGACGCGUCCUGAGCCUCAGACUCCUGCUCACUACAGACUCACGACACCAGAGCCAGCGCAGGCCUGUUCCUCUCAGCUGCAGACGCUUCUGCUACUUCAGAUCUGAAGGAAAAUGUACAAAACUUUCACUUAAUUUAGGCAGUGAGUCCCGUAUCUGAUGCCAGAAGACAUCUGAAUGCUUCUUGAAGUUUUUGCACAUUUCACUUAAUGUUUAAAGUCUUUAGUUAAGAAGAUUUCCUUUUCUUCUUCUUCAGUAAAUGUGUUCUUUGUGAUGAUUUGAUCUCAAUAAAAGUUAGAUUUAUCUUAA